AUGAUUGGAGAUGAUCUCAGAGGUGGGGCCUGGACAAGGGCCUUUUUUGGGCUAAAUGCUGAUGAAAUCCACUUGUGUGGAGAGAACAGCGUGGUGGACCUCAUUCGAGAUCUUUGUGAAUUAACAGGAGACAGAUUGACAAUGGUGAAACACCGCAGGAGAACCCAAUUGGUUGUGGAAAAAGAGGCCCUAGUUCCAAGUAAAAUUGAAUCAGGGGACUGCUUUGUUGGAUUUUCAGUGCGUAAACUGAGAGAAAUUAAAAAAACAAUUUUCCAGCAACAGCCUUUUGUGAAAUGUACUCUGUUAUACGCAAGCCUCCCACCAGAAUUCAUCAUUGAAGCAGCUGAAAAUUUCUUGAAAGAUUCUGAGACCCAAAAGACCGUGUUGUUAGCCACUGCUGCCGUUGUUAUGGGCCUCAAUCUUCCACUAAGACGAGUGAUUUUCACAGAGACAAAAAAAUAUGACCCAAGCAUAAUAAACUUCUGCAAAUCUUCCAGUCCUGUGAAGAUUCAGUUAAUUAAACAGAUUGCUGGAAGAGCUGGUCGGGGCAGUGAAAUUGGGUAUUGUACAGCUACAAACUAUAAGAGCCUGGAAUACCUUACGAGUUGUCUUGAUGCUCUCACUGAGCCCAUCAAGCUGGCGAUUUUAGAUUUGGAUCCAACAAUACUGCCCAUCCUCGACCAUCGUUGGAGAAAGCUGGGGGAAUUUCAGGAUUGGACAUUUGUUCGUUAUCUUCAGUUAUGUAUGGGAUCAAAAAGGCUGGGGUUGGGGAGAGCUGGGCGAAAGGUUGGGUAUGGCAAAAGUUGUGGCAAAGUUUUGUUUCGUUUCAGGAAAUUUCCAAGUGAAUUCUGGAAUCUAGCAAAUCAGAUUGCACUCAAAGAUCUGAUGCCACUGAUAACCCUUUCUGACUUCUUGAAGCUCUGCAACUGCCCUUGUGAAGACCCACUUGUCGUUAUUUCUUGGAUGACCAACAUGUUUUCCAGAUUUACAGAAUGUCCCUUCAAUUAUCUCAACGGCGCCUUCGACUAUAAUAUGAAUGAGUAUACUUUUGAAGGCGUAUAUAGUCUGGUAAGGGCUUAUAAGUAUCUCUAUACCCAGUUUCCCCAACAACGACCUCUCAUGAUUCAUUAUGAUAGACUACCUGAACUAGAGUUGCAGAUUAAGAGAAUCAUCCGACAGAGAGAAAAGAAAGAGGAAGAAUACUGGUUACUCUAUCCUUCAAAUUCAGAGGAGUAUAAGAAGGAGCCAGCUAUAAUCGACAUAGUGGAAUGA